AUGUCCUCCACCGCCGUGCACGCGCCGCACCAUCUCCCCACCUCAUACCACCCUCCCACCAUCAGCACCACCAGCCGCUCGAGCGCCUCGCGACCCAUCCCACCCGCCGCGCCCUCCCCUCCCCCGCACCCCUCACCCUCCCCCCCCCCGCUGACGGCAUCGACACCCACGACAAUGGCGAACGCACAAUGGCUCUUCAGCGCCUCGGAGAUCGCGAAUUCACCGAGCGUGGCGGCGGGGCUGACGCCGGCGGAGGAAAGGGCGAGGCGCGCGAAGGGGGUUAAUUUUAUUGUGCAGGCGGGGAUGUUGUUGAAGGUGCCGCAGGUGACGUUGGGGAGCGCGGCGGUGUUUUUUCAGAGGUUUUAUAUGAGGGUGGGGAUGGUGGGGGAGAGGGGGGUGCAUCAUUAUAACAUCGCAGCAACCAGCCUCUUCCUCGCCACCAAAGCCGAAGAAAACUGCCGCAAAACCAAAGAAAUCGUUAUCGCCGUCGCCAAAGUCGCCCAAAAGAACGCCAACCUCGUCAUCGACGAGCAAUCCAAAGAGUUCUGGCGCUGGAAAGACUCCAUCUUGCUCUACGAAGAGACGAUGCUCGAGCUGCUCACCUUCGACGUCGUCCUCGAGAGCCCGUAUAGUCAUCUCCAGAGUAUACUCCAGCAGUUGGGGUUGGAGCAUGAUAAGGCGCUGAGGAAUAUUGCGUGGGCUUUCUUGAAUGAUAGUCAGAUGACGACGAUGUGUUUGAGGAUGGGGCCGAGGGAUGUCGCUGUUGCGGCGGUGUAUUUUGCUGCGAGGUAUAAUGGGGAGAAGAUCCCGGAUGAGGGGGGACGGCCGUGGUGGGUUAGGGCGGGGGGGGAUGAGGAGAGAAUUGGGGAGGCGGUGGCGGUUGUGCAGGAGUUUUAUGCGGAGAACCCCCUUGGGAGGACGGAUUUACCGCUGGAGGGCAGUCCGGGGGGAAGUGCGGGGGAGCUGGAGGCGACGAGGGAAAGGGGGGGGGAGAGCCCGGAGAGUGUGAAGGAACAGGGUGGGGAGGGGGGGGAGAGGUCGCCGACUGAAAGGACGGGGGCGGAGGCGGGGGAUGAUGAUGCGGUGUUGAAGAGGGUGGCUAAUGAUCCGGCGACGCAUGAGAGGGGUGAUGAGGCAGUAACGUCGAUAGAGGGCGUGCCGCCGAAGAGGAAGGAGAGUUUAGUCGAUGUUGAUACUGGGGAGAGGGAUUCGAAGAGGAUUAAAUCUGGGGAUAAGGAUGAGAGAGAGGAGAGCGAGGAGGGGGAGGUGGAGGAGUAGAGCUGCUCACUGCUUGUUGUUGUUGGAUGGCGAGGGGGGGUUCGGAUGGAUGGCGUACUUGUGGCGUUUUUUUGCUGGCUGGUUUAUCACUGUGUACUUACUAUGGAGCAAACGGAGGACUGAGGGAGGGAUCUUCUGAACCGCCCGCGCUGGGAAAACUGGGCGGAGAGAGUGGCGGUGCCCACAUUUGUACUAUUUGCUCCAUUGAUGGAAUGAUAAUGUUAAUUCUGAGAUAACAACUUCGAGCCGCAAUAGGCCUCAAAUCGAAGAC